GAAGUUGUACUGGACAGUGAAUUGACUCUGGCUGAAAGAUGUGAGUUCGAGGCCUACUCAAGCUUGAUGCUACGCAGUUUUUAUCCUGCCGAGUUGCAAUUUUUGUGGCUCGACCCGUACAAUUAUUCGGCAAUAACCCAUCACUGGUACUCGAAGCAGAUGCUGUUCGGUUAUAAUUUGUACUAUUUGGAAAAGCGUCGUCGACGAGCACAAGCAUACAUUGCAGCGUGUGGCCGUAACGAAACCCAGAUAAUGCUCGAUGCUGUUGAGGCAAUCAAUUUGUUAUCAGCAAAACUCGGCGAUAACAAAUACUUCUACGGUGAUAAGCCAAGUUCCAUAGAUGCGCUUGUUUUUGGUUAUUUGGCACCAGUCCUGAAACUACCGCUUCCAUCUGAUCGUCUGCAGCAGCACAUACAGGGCUGUCCAAAUUUGGUGCGCUUUAUCGAGUCCAUAAUAAGCAUUUAUCUUCCGCUCAACGAAAACCAAAUAAAACAGCAAGCCGCUUCGAAGGAUAAGUGGAAUGCCAGGCGUCGCCGUGCUCAAAAAGAAGCGGAGCGUUUGAAUUUACGCCGGGCCACUGCGAAGGAGCAGGAAGCAUCAGUUAGUUUUGUUUCAUGA